AUUCGCGGCGCGGUCAGUGCGGUGGCAUAGAGAAAGAAAUUCAGCGGUGGUGCCACCUGAACAACGGUUUCAGCAGCUACUGAGAGAGGAUUGACAACAGCGCCACAGCACAGAACACCCGAACACCUGUGCACCUCCACCGAACGUAAAGCGUGACGGAUCGUUCGCGUACGGUGGUUCGCGCGUCUUGACCAAUUAUUUUUGGUUUGGGUGUUCGGAUUUUUCGUCCUUGGUUAAGCUUUCAUGGAUAGAACGAUGAGAAAGUUUAAUGGGUUUAAUAGCAAUCGCAUCUGCAGCGUUCCGCAUUGCACGAACCGUGCCGUGAACGGAGAAACCAGCCUCCAUUCGUUCCCGCUCGAUGCGGCCAAGAAGGAGGAAUGGUGUGCGAGACUUCGCAUCUGUAAGCCGGUGACCCCGGCAAUGAAAGUUUGCAGCGCGCACUUCGUCCCUAGUGACUUCUUCUGGGGCAACGUGGACCCACACGUGUGGGCACCUCGUCGCAAGAGGCUCAAGAGGACCGCUAUGCCUUCACAGUGCUUGCCUGCGCAGAUGCAAGGCAAGAAAGGUUUAUCAAGGCGGCAGGCAUCCCCUCAAGUUUGUCAUGCACGCCUACCAUCACCGGCUCUACCCUGUGAAGGAAAAUGCACACAUGGAAAGCUUAUCCAAGUGCAAGAAAAUCAAGACAGAGAGGAUCUGGAACGUGUCCUUCCUGAUAAAGGUGUUACUGCCACUGGCAUUGCAACGCAGGAGGAUGAGGUCGUGGAGGUUCUUCUUCAGCUUAAAGCAGUGCAUAACACAAGAAAAGACCUGCGAAAGAAAAGUAUCCAGUGCAUCCAGAAAAGUUCGAGUGCAGCAGAGCGACGCAGUCAUCCUGCAAAAAGACGCAAGAAAAGUCAUCUGGAACACCCAGCUGGCACUGUUGCACGGAAAUGCCACAAGCGAGCAGCUUUUGCAGUAAGGGCAGCCUCAAACCAGAUGCCCAAGUUUGCCGCCCGGAGAUGCAGACACAACACAAGGGCAGUGCAGACCUAUAUCAAGGCUCCAUCUGUCGGGCAAAUUACUUCAAGAAGAGUUUGUGCUGCUUUGAAGAAUACACUGAGGAUGAUGCACAUUGCGGUCUACUGCUAAAGCAAACAGGAACAGACCAACGUGUUGCUCUCACUCUCCUGGCACUCCAGCUCCAAGUGCCAGCUGAAGCUUUUUCAAUGCACUGUAUGGUAGUGUGUAGACGUGCUGGCAUCGCCAACCGCAAGUGACCUGCUGCAGAGCUGGGUGCUUCCACACUUGACAGAGGGGGAUGUUCAUAUGCCUUCUUCAAUCUUGUAUUCCCUGUAACAGUAGAUCACACUGUAGAUGCAUGUAACUUUGACCAACAUUAGUGAAAUAGGGCACCGAAGUGGCUUACGUAUGCAAAAACCUAAGCAGAUGUCAGGUUGGAUGCACAAGCUGCUUGCAUCUGCUUGUCUAAAGCUCUCUACCCUUCAAAGAUAUACUGUACGCAGCUCCAGUACUCGAGAAGGGUCUGUGAGCUUAAUGCGGAGCGAUCUAAUAUUUUUCGAAUUUUUGGCUGCAGCUCUUUCACGAGUGCGAUCCUUACUCAAGUUGUGCGGCUUACACUACUUGGGCCCUGUUCUGAGCAUUCCUUGUGUAUGUGUCUGUAAAGGAUGCUCUGACUGCAUGUAGAUGAACAUAGUUCCUCCAUGCAGUUGAGUUUGCCAAGCAUUUGUAAGGCGCUUUUUCUCUUCGAAUGGCAAUAUCCAUUCUACAAAUCAUUCGUGUGAUGCCUUCUUUCCAAAACCUUUCGAGAAAAAAUAUUCUUUUCCCCAAUGGGAUUCUAACUGCCAACUUUUCAGUUGCAAGCCACAUUCUAACUACUGCACCAAGGCAGUUUCGUUGAAUUUAUAGAAAUUAUAGCAUUUUAAUUACGCUUGAAAGAUGUGCAUGGAGGCAUUUAGGCACACCACUUUGCCUGUGCGUCACGAAAUGGUGCUGCAAGCAUUGGGAUGCAAAAUGCGCAAUCAAAAGCACAAGGACAAAAACCUGGUGCCGCAAGUACUGUGACUGCACUCACCUGGCUCGCCUAACUGCCCGAAUCCAAUGUCACCAUUUGUCCUGCUUGUGGUAUUGUGGCGGAAAAAUAAUAAAAAGAAAGGAAUAAAAAGAUAUGGGUCUAUAAUAUGGCUUUCUUGGUUGGGGCAAUUACCCAUGCAGAAAUAACAACGGCCUUGAAACUUUGUUCGCCGCUCUUGCCCGACACUCACUCUACUAUAGAAUCAGUGCCCACCGCUUUGACCGAACAGCCACCGAUUAUUUUCUUCAGUUUGUAUGA